AUGGAGGCCCCCACCUUCUCCUCAGGUGGAGGAGAGAGUGCAGUUGUGGAGCAGCCCCCAGAUUCUCUCAACUCUGGGGGAGAGCAGACACAGGCCGAAGGAACUGCACCUGUAAUCAUAAUUACAGAUGAGACAAUUUUGUGUCCCAUAGCACCGAGAGAUGGAGAAUGGAUUCACUCUGUCGAUAGUUCCCUCUCUUCAUCUGACAGUGAAGAUGAGGGUUGCGGCAAGAAAGACAAGAAGAAGAAAAUCAAAAAGAAGAAAAAGAAGAAGGAUUCAAGUUCAUCUUCCUCUUCCUCCAGCAGCUCCUCUGAUAGUGACUCAGACAGUGAGGAUGACAAGAAAAAGAAGAAGAAGAAGAAGAAAAAGGACAAGGGCAGCGAUGAAGAACCAGAAUACGUUUGGGAAAUGGUCAUCAUAACCCAGAACGGGGAGAGGAUUGUACAUCAACCCAUAAGGAGACUUAAAGAGAAAAAGGAUAAGAAGAAAAAGAAGGACAAGAAAAAAAAAGAUAAGAAGAAAAAGAAGAAGAAGGAUUCUAGCUCCUCCUCCUCUUCAUCUUCUGAAAGUUCAUCUGACAGUGAGGACAAGAAGAAGAAGAAGAAAAAGAAAACAAAGAAGAAGGACUCAAGCUCCUCUUCCUCUUCUGACUCAUCUUCCUCAAGCAGUGAUGAUGAUAAGAAGAAAAAGAAGAAAAAGGACAAAAAGAAGAAGAAGAAGAAGCAAAAGGACAAGAAAAAGGACUCCGGCUCUUCAUCAUCUUCAUCUGACAGUGAAAAGGACAAGAAGAAGAAGAAAGACAAGAAAAAGGAUGAUAAGAAGGAGCCCAGUUCACCCACAACAGAAGAUGGUGAUAAUCCUGGGUCCAAUAAAUACAUGUAUGAAGUUUGUGACAAGACUGCUGCUGCGCUGGAGGCAGAGGGAGAAUUUGACGAGGGAGUGGCCGAUCGAGCAAUUCCCUUCACUUCAGCUAUGGACAAAGGAAACCUCACAGACGACGAGGCCGAACAAGAAAAUUCCCCUUUGUCCCCUUCCAAAAAAAAGAAGCUAACGAAAAAAAAGAAGAAAAAGGACUCUGACUCUGGUUCAGACAGUGACGAUGAGGAUGACAAGAAAAAGAAGAAGAAGAAGAAGAAAAAGAAAAAGGAUUCCAGCUCAUCUUCAUCUUCAUCAUCAUCCUCAUCCUCAGACAGCGAUGACGACAAGAAGAAGAAGAAGAAGAAGAAGAAAAAUAAGAAAGUAAAAAAGAAGAAGGACUCAAGCAGCUCCUCCUCUUCUUCCUCCUCUUCAGACAGCGACAGUGACGAUGAUAAGAAGAAGAAGAAAAAGAAAGAUAAGAAAAAGAAGAAGAAGAAGGACAAGAAAAAGAAGGAUUCAGACUCGGCCAGUGAUUCUAGUGACGGCGAGAAAAAGAAGAAGAAGGACAAGAAGAAGGAUUCUUCAUCGUCCAGUGACUCAAGUGAUGACGACAAGAAGAAAAAGAAGAAAAAGGACAAGAAGAAGAAGAAGGAUUCCUCUUCGUCAGCUUCAUCCUCCUCCAGUGACUCUAGUGACAAUGACAAGAAGAAAAAGAAGAAAAAGGACAAGAAGAAGAAGAAAGAUAAGAAAAAGGAUUCUUCUUCUGAAUCUUCAUCAUCGUCGUCCUCGUCCAGUGACUCUAGCGACGAUGAGAAGAAGAAGAAAAAGAAGAAGAAAAAGGACAAAAAGAAGAAGGACAAGAAAAAGGAUUCUUCAUCGUCCUCGGCGAGUGAUUCCAGUGAGGACGAGAAGAAAAAGAAGAAGAAAAAGGACAAGAAGAAGAAGAAAAAGAAAGAUAAGAAAAAGGAUUCUUCUUCUGAAUCUUCCUCAUCGUCAUCCUCGUCCAGUGACUCUAGCGAUGAUGAGAAGAAGAAGAAAAAGAAGAAAAAGGACAAAAAGAAGAAGCACAAGAAAAAGGAUUCUUCUUCAUCCUCUUCCUCUUCAAGUGACUCCAGUGAUGACGAGAAGAAAAAGAAGAAGAAGAAAAAGGACAAGAAGAAGAAGAAAAAGAAAGAUAAGAAGAAGGAUUCUUCAUCGUCCUCCUCCAGUAAUUCUAGUGACAACGACAAAAAAAAGAAGAAAAAGGACAAGAAAAAGGAUUCUGACUCCUCUGGUAGUGACAACGACAAGAAGAAAAAGAAAAAGGACAAAAAGAAGGAUUCAAGUUCUGCAAACGAAAGUGACAGUGACAAAGAAAACAAAGAGGACAAGAAAAAGGACAAGAGCUGUGGCUCCAGCUGUGAGACUGAGAAGAAGACUGAGAGCUCUCCAGGUGAUAAACUGGCCGACCCCAAACUGGACUCUUCCUCCGGUGCCCUGUCGUCUCAGAGCAGCAGCAGUAGCAGCUCAAAGCCCACCGCCUCCUCCAGCACCUACAGCAGCUCCUUAACGCCCCUGCCUUCCAAACCUGUGGUCAAAAUCGAGGCUCCCGUGGGCCCCUCCUCCACCAUUGCAUCCAAACCCUCCACCGUCACCUACACAGCGAGCUUCUCCAGCCCAGUGCGACGGCCCCCGAGCCCCAUGGAGUCUCUGAUGGGAAGUCCCCGCAGAUCCACCUCGCAUCUCACCAGCAGAGAUUUGUUGAGAAAAUAUUAG